UGAAACCUGUUCAUGGGCAAGCACUGUGACCAGGCUUAGAUCACAAAACAACUUAGGCCAAAAAUGGCUUCUCUUACGUCAAGAAAGCCAUGCCUGGUUCUCUUUCUCCAGGGACCCCUUACCUUAUGUGCUUACAGUGUCGGACCCUGGUCUGUGGGCACCAGGAGGCCCCAAGACACAAACCCUUCCUGCACAGCUGCACAGAUGGGAAGGGCCUAGAGGUCCAAGUUGGGAGCAGGAAGUCUCUGCCCUACCAUCCCUCUGUGCAGCACCAGGACCUUCCUUUAGGUGAAAACCUCAUCAGUCUCUCAAGACUGACAGUCAUCAAGUUCAGAUUCCUUUAUAAUUAUCAGGUAAUUAUGAUAACAACUACCUGUCAACAAACAGCACUGCCCUGAGGGGUGGGGAAGGAGCAGUUUCUGGGGAAGGUCAGGGAGGUGAGAGAAAUACCUUUCCAGCUGGACACUGCCCUUAUGAUUAAUCUGAGAGGGAGUGAGGUGGGGAGGUGGUGAGUGAAAAGAAUGCUGGAUCCUGGUCCCUUCCCCUGUGACGCUGCCCUUGAAUUAGACCCAGCUCUUCCUCUUCUGCAUCCUCAGCAUAGACAAGGGGGCGUGUCCCCUCUCCCUGUCCGGUUCCACCCAGGGCCAAGUGUAUCAGACUUUGGGGGGCCUUGUAUUUCAGGGGUUGCCUGUAUCUGAAGUGCAUUUGCCUUUCUUUUUCCUCCUGUUUCUCAUUCUGCACUGCCCUGGGGAGGUGGAACGUAACCCACUCUUUGCUCUGUGCUCUGCAUGCAGUCGGGAUGACCAGGGUGUCAUUUUCCUGGAGUGGACUGCAGGUGACAGACCCCUGGCCAGGGGAGGCCACAGGAAGGUCGUGGCAGUGGUGGCAGAUAACGUCCAUCUGUCCAUUUCUUCUACUACAGCAAGGAUCAUGUCUGAUGUCUGUUUUCCCCUUUACCAUUGAGCAUCUAGAAGAGUGAUUGGCAUGAUUGACCCAUAGUGGUGCUGGUUGAAUGAAUGGCUAUAUUGCAAAGUGAAACUUGCAGGGACUUCCCUGGAGGUCCAGUGGUUAAGACUUCACGCUUCCCCUCCAGGGUACACGAGUUCGAUCCCUGGUCGGGGAACUAAGAUCCUGCAUGCCACCCAGCGUGGCCAAAAAAAAAAAAAAAAGUUAAGCUUGGAGAGGCAAAUUUCAUUACAAAGUAUGGAAGAUGGAUUUAAGCCAUCAAUUAUUUAAGUUAUUUAUUUUAUUCGAACACACCACAUAUAAAAUUCUUGCAUCUACAUAAUAGUCAUUCAUAUAUGUCUGUACGUGUUACGUGGCAUAUACAUAUACAUCAUUUUUUCCUAAUGGCUAUGGGAAUAAAAAAAUGCUGGGACACAACUAUCUCAUUGAACUGAAGAGACAAUUUUGCAUCUUUAUUUAUUAUUAUUAUUUUAGAAUUUAUUUAUUUAUGUUGGCUGAGCUGGGUCUUAGUUGCAGCACGUGGGAUCUUCAUUGGUGGCAUGGGAACUCUUAGUUGCUGCAUGUGGGCUCUUAGUUGUGGCAUGUAGGAUCCAGUUCCUCGACCAGGGAUUGAACCCUGGAGCCCUGCAUUGGGAGAGUGGAGUCUUACCCACUGGACCACCAGGGAAGUCCAUAUUUUGCAUCUUUAGGGGAAGCAGGUGUUUGAAUUCUGUCUACGUGGAGGAGGAUGCUUGUUUGCUCUGCAGAGCCAGCCAGCAAUUGCUCAUUAUGUGUCCCACCUCGCUGUGCUCCGUCUUGUGAUUUGAUCUUUUUUUAAAAAAAAUAAAUUUAUUUAUUUAUUUUUAACCGCGUUGGGUCUUCGUUGCAGUGCACGGGCUUCUCUUGUUGCGGACCACGGGCUCUAGGCGCACGGGUUUCAGUAGCUGUGGCUUCUGGGCUCUAGAACGCAGGCUCAGUAGUUGUGGCGCAUGGGAUUAGUUGCUCCGCGGCAUGUGGGAUCUUCCCGGACCAGGGAUCGAACCCGUGUCCCCUGCAUUGGCAGGCAGAUUCUUAACCACUGUGCCAACAGGGAAAUCCUUGAUCUUUUUAAAGAGAAUUCUUUUCCAUUGUGAUUUAUUACAGGAUAUUGAAUAUAGUUCCCUGUGUUAUGCAGUAGGACCUUGUUUAUCCAUUUUACAUAUAAUAGUUUACAUCAGCUAACCCAACCUCCCAAUCCAUCCCUCCCCCACCCCCUCCCUCUUGGCAACCACAAGUCUGUUCUUUACGUCUGUGAGUCUGUUUCUGUCUCAUGGAUAAGUUCAUUUGUGUCAUAUUUUGUGAUUUGGUUUUGAAGAGACAGGAUGGAAGGGGAGGGGAGGGCGUUCUUUUUCGUCUUGGGUUGAUCACAGCACCCCUACAGUGCUGUGAAGGGCCCGAGAAAUCUUGUUUAUAAGCAUUUAUGGGUAUGUGGUGCAGAAAUUCUGAGCUGUUUUUUCUGCUAUAAGGAAAGAGGCAGGACUCUGGGUAUUUUUUGCUUUUUCCUGCUUCUCAAUCCUGGCUGUCUUCUUCUUGCUGAUUUCUUUACGCACAUUUUCUCCCAGUUUGGCACUAGGAGAGGCCAAGAGCUCUCACGUGUGCUUUUCUGUGGAGGGGGUCUCAAUGAGCCUUCCCUUCUUCUAACUCUGCCCCCGCUCCCCAUCCCCCCAAUAUUUGUCUUCUAGUCAAUUCAAAAGAUUUCUCUGUUGAGUGAGCAAUCCUAUCAGAAAAAGAAACACUAGAAAACAAAAAAGAUUACAGGCAUAAAUAGUAUACAACAAAUCAAAAAGAAUCGUGCCAUAGAAACUUAUAAACAGUAAUAUAAUUCAGAAAAAAAUUAUAGUUUUGUUGAGAAGCUGUUAAAACCACAGCGGUCCUGAAUUUCAACAUCUUAUCUGACACUGGCUUUGGAAUUUGAGAAUCAUCCAUUUUGAGGAAAUAUACAAACUCCUUUCCCUUCCCAUUUCCCAACUCAUCUUCCGACGUGUGCCCUGAAUCCCUAGGAAUUUGAUUUCGUGGGGUUUGGGAAAUCAGCUGGGUCUAAAAUUGACAUGGAGCUUGUGGAAGGAAAAAAGGCAGCAGAUCUGGGAGAUUAAGGACAGAUGUAUAGGAAGUAAACUGCUCUACCUCAAGUCGAUUUCUCAUUGUCCCUGAGUGGGUGAGUAGAUUACCUGCUUUGUGGACCAUCUAUCACCUGGAAGCGCCUAUCCUUCAUGGGGCUGAACUAAGAGAGUAGAAUUAGGACCACAAAUAGCUGGUUUAUGGGGCAUCUGAUGAGGGAAGGAAGGGGGAGGGAAUAUCUCAGAUUGCAUUCUAAGGCCAGUUAGAACUCCCUGGAGAGGUAGCACCUAUAGUUGUUAAGACCAGGGAUCCUCACCUAGAGCCAGGUAACCUGGAUUCAAAUCCUGCGUCUGCCAUUUCCUGGCUGUGUGAUGUUGGGCAAGUAACUUGAUCUCUCCCUGCCUCCGUUUCCUCAUCUGUCAAAUAGGGAUAAUCAUUUUUACCUUAUAGGAUUGCUAUCAAAUUAAACUAAUAAAUAUAUAUAUGAGAAGUGAUUAGAAGGGUUUCUGAUUCAUAGUAAAAAUGAGCAUUAGCUAUUGGUAAUAUUUUUUGUUAGGUCACCCACUGUUUUUGUGUCAUCCAGGCCAUCCCUCCUUACAGGUAGCUAAUUAAGAGCUCACUCUGGGGAAUUCCCUGGCGGUCCAGUGGUUAGGACUCCACACUUUCAUUGCCGAGGGCAUGGGUUCGAUCCCUAGCUGGGGAAUUAAGAUCCAACAAGCCGCAACGCGUGGCCAACCCUAUGACAGGGAAGACCCCUUCCAUUGCUUUUCUGGAUUAGCAGAGCCAUCCUUACAAACCUUAAUUAAGAAGGGAAAAUAAUAUGUGACAGCAGAGCUGAAGAAGAGGACCCAGUGGCUGAGAGGGGAAGGCUGGCCUUCCGCAGAGAAAUCUACAGUUCAGAUAACUCCUCUUGUCCAUGAGAGAAUGGAAUGCUUGCAAAUAAUAUCUGAGGCUGGGCCCAAGGUGGCAAAAAACUGGAGACUGACAGAUUAUGUUUAAAGUGUUUACUUUUAAAAUUUUUUGGCCACACUGCCCUGCUUGUGGGAUCUUAGCUGCCUGACCAGGGAUCUAACCCAGACCCCACCAGUGAGAGCACUGAGUGCUAACCACUGGACCGCCAGGGAAUUCCCAAAGUGUUAACUUUACGGUUACAUAUUUCCACGUUCACCAAUUCCUAAGGAAACACUAGCCAAACAUAUCAGGAACCCUGGCAAGUUAUUUGUGACGUAUUUUUUGAGAUGUGACUUUGAAACACCUCAUCAGAGCCCUGGGCCCUCUGGCUUCAGGGUAAAUGUUAAUAUAGUUAAAUUGCGGGGAGGAAGGUAUGAGAUUGUUUCUUCCCUUCAUCAGCCUUUAGAAUUUGCCAUGAGAGGUGGAGAACAGCUAGUAGCUUGAUCUAACGUUGUAAGUUCAGGGGCAAAACCCUGGCUAAAUAUACAAGAUAGUUUCUGAAUCGUUUUUGGUCCUCUGUGCCUGAGUUGGUGGGGAGAUUCACCCCCACCUGCAACUUUGCUUUCUUGCAGGACGAUGGUUGCCCCCGAUGGUUGCCGCUUGAACCUGGACCCCAGGUACUACAGGCUCUGCGAUAAGAAGGCAGCCUGGGGUAUCGUCUUAGAGGCCUUGGCGUCGGUGGGCGUCGUGACCUCGGUGGCCUUCAUGAUCGCCCUCCUGGUUUUCAUCUGCAAGGCCCAGGACUCCAACAGGCGUAAAGUGCUCCCCACCCAGUUCCUCUUCCUCCUGGGUGUGCUGGGGGUCUUUGGCCUCCCCUUCGCCUUCAUCAUCCGCCUGGAUGGCAGCACGGGGCCCACACGCUUCUUCCUCUUCGGCAUCCUCUUUGCCCUCUGCUUCUCUUGCCUCCUGGUUCACGCCUUCAACCUGACGAAGCUGGUCCAAGGGAGGCAGCCCCUCUCCAUGCUGGCGAUGCUGGGCCUGGCCCUGGGCUUCAGUCUGGUGCAGGAUGUCAUCGCCAUCGAGUACGUGGUCCUCACCAUGAACAGGACCAACGUCGACAUCUUCUCCGAGCUUUCUCCUCCUCGGCGCAACGAGGACUUUGUCAUGCUGCUCAUCUAUGUCUUCUUCCUGAUGACGCUGACCUUCGUCACGGCCUCUUUCACCUUUCGGGGAUCCUUCACUGGCUGGAAGAGACACGGGACCCACAUCUACCUCACUAUGCUCCUCUCCAUCGCCAUCUGGGUGACGUGGGUCACCCUGCUCUUUGUUCCUACCCCCGGCCCCCAGUGGGAUGACACCAUCCUCAGUUCAGCCUUGGUGGCCAACGGCUGGGUUUUCCUGUUGGCUUAUAUUGCACCCGAGCUGCAGCUGCUUACAAAGCAACGGAACCCCAUGGAUUACCCUGUGGAGGACGCUUUCUGUAAACCUCAGCUCAUGAAACAGAACUAUGGUGUGGAGAACAUAGCUUAUUCUCAAGAGGGAAUCACUCAAGGUACUGAAGAGACAGGUGACACGUUCUAUGCCCCGUACUCCACCCAUUUCCAGCUGCAGAAUCGGAGCUCCCCAAAGGACUUCUCCAUUCCGCGGGCCCAGUCCCGGGUUAGCCCUUACAGUGACUAUGAAGGAAGGAAAGAUGUCAGUUAACACGUCCCGAAGGGUGGGAUGAACACAGCGAGUCAGCAGAGCCAGCGGGGAGUUCGUGGGAUGCGGGCUGAGUCCUGAGUCUUCCCAGGAAGCUGUACAGAACAUCACAGGAAGACCUCGCCUCCCUGCAGCCUUCAGCCAUGAUUCUUCUGUUCUGGGGUUAAUGAGGGCCGACGGGACCGCAGAUCUCAGCAGCACUGUAGUUGUUUCCUUUGUCCCAUAGUUAGGCUCCUUCUCUCGAGUGGGAGUCUUGGGCAACUCAGGGUGGCCCUUAACCGUCCCUGCCAUCUUACACAUGACUCAGGCUCCGGUCAUCUGACCACACACUGGCUCAUUCAGCCUCAGAAGCCAACUUUUCCAACUGUGGGCUGAUUCUGUGAGAAUCGCUUGGCUCAGAGCAGAGCUCAUAUCUGAGCAGACCAGCAAAGGCCCGUCUCUCACAUCACCCCGCCCACAUCUACACCGGAAGCCAACUUACCCACACCUCCCUUCACCUCCCAUCACCUCCCGGAUGGCAGGCACUAAAAGUCACCCGAAAUUUGCUAACCUCUGUGAUGCUGCCUAACCAGGGUCCCCAGCGCCAAUUCACUCCCAGACUCACCGUUGGUCCCCAGACUCACCUCCCUGCCCCCUGUGCUUCACCGGGAGAUCUCCCUCCAGCCCUCACCAGCAUGGACAAGCCCAGUUUCUCUCUGCCAGGAGAAUGUGGGCACUGGGUUGCUCUAAGUUCUGCUCAGUGCUCUAAGCACUGAUUCUUCUCCCAUCCCCUCGCUCCUCAGACCGUGUUCACCCCCCGCGUUCUGGAAGUGGGUAUUGUCCACUCACGGGGGAGCGUGCCUUGUAAAAUAAGUUACUCACUGUUCUUCACUGGAGAUGCAAUAAAGGUGUGGUGGCA